GACGCGGCCGUGGCUACAAAAUCGCCAACCCAAAGGUGAACCCUAGGUCCGUCCCUAGCCCCAAAUUUCGUUCCCAAAUCGCGCCGCCUGCUGCCAUCCCAUCCCAUCCCCUCGCCUCUGCUUGGACCUCCUCCGCUUCCUCGCCCUUCUUGACGGACGGACAUGGCUGUUUCCUCAUGGGUUCCACCUUCUCUUCCCGAGUCCAGCGCCGCCGCCUCAGGCUCAGGCGAGUCAGGCCUGGUCCUCCUCGACAUGUGGUGCUACAUCGCCGACCUUCCCAACAACACCACCGCCGAGGGCACCACCAGCACCGGCUUGCCUAUCAAGGUGACCCUCCGCGCCGCCCGCCCGCCACAUCUCUCCCACUUUUGUGUCCACUGCCCUGGCCUCGACUUCCGCAUAACAGGGCCCAAGAUUGUCGCCACCGACGCACAUCUCGUCCUCCUCUGCGUUCCCAUCCACCCCAACAGCGCCACCGGAGCAUUGGACUGGGACUACUUCGUCUACAGCCCGCGCGCCCAGCGGCUAGAUCUGCUACCCAACCCGGACCCCAUAUGCCUCAACGACUCCGCAACUGCCCUCAUUAGCCGCCAAGACGGCGCUUGGUAUGCCGUCGCUGCUCUCGGUUACGCUAACCCCCUGUACGAUGGCGGCGCGCUCAUUAGGUGGGAGUUCUGCCUCCACCUCUACAGAUCCUCAUCAAAUUCUAAAGCUUGGAUCUCCAAGCGCUUGUCACUGAAUAAGUUCAAGAGGGACAAGCUCAUCCCUUUACCUGCAGCAGUCGACAGGCUGUACCACGAGACGGAAAAGACCAUCACAAUUGGUGGCGAGCAUGGCACGGUCGCCUGGGUGGACCUCUGGCGUGGCAUCUUCUUUUGCGACGUGCUCAAGAAACGCCCACUGCUCCGGGAUGUUCCACUGCCGGUGCCGGCAAGGUCUAACUGGGAUCGCCUCCUCAUAAAUGAUGACCCCGGCUAUUUCCGGGACGUAACUAUCAGCCGAAACAAAGACUCGAUCAAGUAUGUUGAGUUGGAAUUCCGGUCAAUAGAAGUGCUCAACCCCGCCACCACCCCUGUUUCCUACACCGACUGGGUGGCGGUGAAGAAUUCCUCAAGGAAAUCUCUUCAUGUCAUCCGCGAUGGCUGGAAGUCCACAACAUGGAGCAUGGCAAUACCCGUUGGUUUGCAGGAGCGCUGGAACCGUGACUGUGUAUUUGAUGUUAAAGACAUCAGCUUGGAGCCAUGCCUUUCUGAUCGCAUGGCUAUGCUGAGCAGCAAGACCAUGAAGGAACUUCAAGUGGGACACCCCAUCCUAAGCAUGGAUGAUGACGUCGUUUACUUGCUUUCUGAAACCACACCCAAGCACAUGGACAAGUUGGCACUGAUGUUUGCUAUUGAUGUGAAGAAGUCAACACUGCGAGGAUUGGCUGAGCUUGAUGUCAAGAAGUUCGAUUACCUGUCCAGCUUCUGCACUAGUGAGAUCUGCAGGGGUACCUGAGCAAUAUUAAGGUAACUUCUUUAUGCUGGUAGAAGCGAGCUCUAUCGAAUAAACAAACUGAAGAGGGUAAACCAUCUGAGGUUCCUGCGAAGAACUGGCUAGGACAAAGAAAUUUCAACCAUGUUUGUUGAAACUUGGGAGCUGGAUGUGACCUUGGAGAUUGAAUUUCUUUAGUUGAUUUAUUAUGUAUUACAUGUAAUGCAACUAUCUGGGUUAUAUUGCUUGCUUAUGUACUUGUCCCGGUCAAAAAAAAGUGCUAGUGAACUUGUGUGGGCUAAAUGUCUUGGUUGAACCA